GGGGGUUUGCUUGGACUCACAGGUAGAUUGAUUGCCCCCGCUACCAUUCCAAGCACAUAUUCCCGCGGGCAUCCUGCCACCUACCUGCCUACCUUGCACCGCAGUUCUUCUCCCAUCAGCAAACCCAAAACAGUGGACCAGCUAGCUGCCGGCGCCAUGAUGGGGGCGAGGGCGGCGCUGGUUGCUGCGAUCGUCAUCUGCGCCGUCGGCGGCCUGGUGGUCUCGCCGGCGGCGGCGAGCGGGCGCGCGGCCGGGGAGGUCCACCUGGUGCCGGCGGUGUACGUGUUCGGCGACUCCACGGUGGACGUGGGCAACAACCAGUACCUCCCCGGGAAAAGCGCGCUGCAGCUCCCCUACGGCAUCGACUUCCCGCAGUCCAGGCCCACCGGGAGGUUCAGCAACGGGUUCAACGUCGCCGACUCCAUCUCGAGGCUGCUGGGCUUCAAGCGGAGCCCGCCGGCGUACCUGUCGCUGACGCCGGAGACGAGCCGUCAGAUCGUCAGAGGCUACCGUGGAGUCAACUACGCCUCCGGCGGAUCCGGCAUCCUAGACACCACCGGGAACGCCCUCACGUUGACGAAGCAGGUGGAGUACUUCGCGGCCACCAAGUCAAAGAUGACGUCGACGGAGAAGAGCGGCGGCAUCGACGCGCUGCUGUCCAAGUCCCUCUUCCUCAUCAGCGACGGCGGCAACGACAUGUUCGCCUUCCUCCGGGACAACCUCACGGCCAGCCACGCGCCGUCCUUGUACGCGGACAUGCUCACCAACUACACCAAGCACGUCCAGACGCUCUACCAGCUGGGAGCGCGGAGGUUCGGGAUCGUCGACGUGCCGCCCAUCGGCUGCGUGCCGGCGGUGCGGGUCACCUCCCCAACCGGCGAGACAGCGUGCGUCGAGGCCGCCAACGCCCUCGCCAGGGGGUUCAACGACGCGCUGGCCAAGGCGAUGGCCAAGCUCGCCGCCGCGCUGCCCGGGAUGAGAUACUCCGUCGGGAGCUCCUACAACCUCAUAACCUUCAUCACCGAGCACCCGGAGGCCGCCGGGUUCAAGGACGUGGCCAGCGCGUGCUGCGGCGGAGGGAGGCUCCGGGCGCAGACCUGGUGCUCGCCCAACGCCACCUACUGCGCCAAUCGCAACGACCAUGUGUACUGGGACGAGGUGCAUGGCACCCAGGCCACCUCCAACAAGGGCGCCAAGGCCAUCUUCGCCGCACCGGUGAAGCUCGGCUUCGCCGCGCCCAUCAACUUCAAGCAGCUCGUCUCUUCUUAGAUCGGCGACCUAUGCAUUAUUGCACGCCCUCCAUCCGUCGUCAGCUUUGAUUUGAUCGAGAGAAGGAGAAAAGAUGUACUUACACGUCGUUUAGAUUCUUUUUGUGGAUCGAUGGAGAUGCAAUAGAAUCAUAUAUAGAGAGAGGGUGCCCUGAUGCAUGCAAAUUUAUCUUCAAACAAAAAUGGCCAAACGGCCCUGAAAUACACACUCGAAUAAAAAAAGGUAAAGCUAUA